AUGGCCGACGAUCUCGUUUAUUUCACCGACAUGACGCCCAACUGGCUCACCAAUGUCGAUGGACUCGGCAUGGCCUGCUUGGGUAUCACGAUAUUUUUAACCAUUGUAUCACUCCUCGCCGUAUCAUUGCGAAUGUUUGCGCGAAUCGAGUCUGGUGCCACUGGAAUUGACGACUGGUUGAUGGUGAUUGCAACGGGUCUUUUCACGACAGACUCCAUCUUUGCGUGUCUCGACGUUUAUGCGAGCUUGGGUAGUCACGAUGCCCGAGAAGACUUGACGGACUGGAACAAAUCGGCCGUCGUCAUGUAUCUCAUCUUGUGGCAAAUCACUUACGCCUGGUGUCUGCCCUUUAUCAAAUGCAGCAUCUGUUUCUCCCUUUUUCGAAUUACCAGCGAAGUUAAAUACCGACUACUUCUCUGGGCCGUCAUGGUUCUGGCUACCGUAAGCGCAAUGGUUGGCUUCAUUGCCGUCGUCAUUACUUGCCAGCCAAUGGCGAAGAACUGGGAUCCGGUCAUCCAGGCCGACAUCAAUAUUGGUUACUGCAUGACGGGAAACAUUGUUCAGAAUCUGAGUUACUACGUCUCGGCAUCCUCCAUUGUCACGGACUGGGCUUGUGCCAUAAUCCCCUGCUUCAUUGUGUGGAACCUGCAGAUGAAGCGCAAACUCAAGAUCUCGGUGGCCGCUAUUUUGGCCUUGGGUGCUGUCGCCAGUGUUACGACCAUUGUCCGCCUACCGUACCUCAGCGCUUACACAGCACCGACUGAUACCUACUACCAGGUCGCCAACAUUGUCAUUUGGUCCGAAAUCGAGUGUGGUGUUGGCAUCAUUGCCGGAUCUCUCCCGGCUCUGCGCCGCUUCGUCAAGAGCAUCCUCGACAAGUCGUCCAAGGGAGGCUCCUACGACCCGCGCUCGGGCUCGGGCGUGGGCACGCAGACCAUUGGCGGGGGCAAGGGCCGGAGCCACACGGGCAAGAUGAGCCGCAGCGUCAAGAUGAGCAACCUGAGCCGCAACGGCAACAAUACCGUCAUCGAGGCCAGCAAGGGCAACAACAACAACCACCACCACGGCAACUGGAUCGAGCUUGGAGAUGACUCGGACAGUCAAAAGCAUAUCAUUACGCAGACCAAUGAGAUCUCCGUGUCGGUCGAGGACAGCAGCGAUUUGGAGAGGAUGGGCUCUAGCUCGAUACGUCACCAUCAUUAG